AGGCCUGGCACGUAGGAGAUGCUCAAUAAAGGCCCGCCAGCGUGCUAAGGCCACCCCCUGCCCCCAUCCCCGUGGUCGCAGUCUCCACCCGAGACAAGCUGUGUUGUGGAAGCUUUCCCCACCUCCCGAAGCGGACGAACGGAUGGAGCCGGGCGGGCGAAUGUAUUUCCGGGCCCUGGCUGUGGCCUCCUUGACUGCACCUCACUGACAGCAGCAAGUCUGCGAUGAUCACCCUUUGACAGACGUGCUCGCUGAGGCCAGGAGAGGGGAAGGGACUUGCCUGGGCUCAUCAGCUUGGUGUGUCUCGCCUAAAGUUCCGUCUAUUGACCUUCACAGCAGCCCUGUGACAGAAAGUGGACCUCAUUUUAGCUUUCCCAGGACCCCUGAAUCCUGUUUCAGGUCUUUUCCUACUACACCACGUGGGCUAAUUCACAGAAAAAUGGGGAUAAAAUAAUUUUGUAAAUUAAUUCCAAACCCAGACAGAAAAGAUGCAGAAAAUGAAGAAGAUGAUGAAAUGGAAGUGGAAGAUCAGGACAGCCAAGAAACCAAAAAACCUAAUAUCAUAAAUUUUGACACCAGCCUGCCAACAUCACAUAUGUAUCUGGGCUCUGAUAUGGAAGAAUUUCAUGGCAGGACUUUGCAUGAUGAUGACAGCUGUCAGGUGAUUCCAGUUUUGCCACAGGUGAUGAUGAUGUUGAUUCCUGGCCAAACCUUACCUCUUCAGCUUUUUCGCCCUCAAGAAGUUAGCAUGGUGCGGAAUUUAAUUCAGAAAGACAGAACUUUUGCAGUUCUAGCUUACAGUAACAUACAGGAAAGGGAAGCACAUUUUGGGACUACUGCCGAAAUAUAUGCCUAUCGGGAAGAGCAGGACUUUGGAAUUGAAAUAGUAAAAGUGAAAGCUGUAGGAAGACAGAGGUUCAAAGUACUUGAAAUAAGAACACAAUCGGAUGGAAUCCAGCAAGCAAAAGUACAAAUCCUUCCUGAGCGAGUGUUGCCUUCAAUCAUGGCGGCAAUCCAGUUGGAAUCUCUUAGUAGGUGCCAGCUUUUUCCAUCUUCAAAACCUGUAUCAUGGGAAGACCGCUGUUCACAAAAGUGGUGGCAGAAAUAUCAGAAGAGAAAGUUUCAUUGUGCAAGUCUGACUUCUUGGCCAUCCUGGCUCUAUUCCUUAUAUGAUGCUGAAACCUUAAUGGAAAGAGUCAAAAGACAACUUCAUGAAUGGGAUGAAAAUCUAAAAGAUGAAUCUCUUCCUUCAAAUCCAAUUGAUUUUUCUUAUAGAGUAGCUGCUUGUCUUCCUAUUGAUGAUGCAUUACGAAUACAACUCCUUAAAAUUGGCAGUGCUAUCCAACGUCUUCGUUGUGAACUAGAUAUCAUGAACAAAACUGUUCUGUGUGUGUUUUUUAAGUGUACCUCCCUUUGCUGUAAGCAAUGUCAAGAAACAGAAAUCACAACCAAAAAUGAAAUAUUCAGUUUGUCCUUAUGUGGACCUAUGGCAGCAUAUGUGAAUCCUCAUGGAUAUGUCCAUGAGACACUUACAGUGUACAAGGCUUGCAACCUCAAUCUGAUUGGCCGAUCUUCAACCGAGCACAGCUGGUUUCCUGGGUAUGCAUGGACUAUUGCCCAAUGCAGAGUUUGCUCAAGUCAUAUUGGGUGGAAAUUUACAGCCACCAAGAAGGAUAUGUCACCCCAAAAAUUUUGGGGGUUAACUCGCUCUGCUCUCCUGCCCAGGAUUCCAGAAACUGAAGAUACAGCCAAUCAAGAUAGCUCGCCAUUACUCUGCUUGUAACCUGAUGAUUUGCUUUGGGAAUAAGAAAAAAAACCAGUCAGUCAGUGUUUCUAAAUCAAAUCGGCCUUGGAAAUUAAUUCUUCUUCAGAUGCUUACCUAAGAAGCGUCAUUACACUGAGGUUUGCUGUAUGUAUGAGGAAUUGCUACUUCUCUGAAAAACAGUAACUGAAGAUCUGAAUUCAUUGUUGAAGAGGAAGAAAAGAAAUUUAGCAAAUAGGUUUGAUUUCAGGAAUAUCUAUCCUAAGUAACUUGGUAAACUUGCCACUGCCCUGUUGAAUUUGACAUCCGUUUUUACCCAAUUAAGGUUUAAAAACAUUGCUGUUGAAAACAGAAUGUUGCUUACAUAAGCCUUCAUUUGUGGCAAUAAAUAUUAAAAAUUAAUUUCUUUUUUAAGAAUGUUUGUCAGAGUACGUGUAGCACAUGAAAACGUUUUUCAAAAGUAGCACUGAUGUUUCCAGGUUUGUGUGUGUCCACACACACACACACACACACACACACACAUACACGUGCACACACGCACGCACGCAUGCACACACACACUCUUUCUUUGUGAAUUUCCAUUUUGCUCGACUGUAAAUAUCUUGGUGUGAGACUGGUUGCUCCAUCCUGGUAUUUGUGAUUGUUGUAAUGCUGUUUUAAUAAUGGCAAAAGGCAAUCAGUGGCACUUGCUGCUAAAGCAAGGAAGGUACAGUGUUCCUUUUUUAUAGGGAGAUUGGAUCAUAUAUUAAAAAAGGCUUUUUCCUUUCCAAUUUAGCUUUUUUGCCAUGUUGAUUUGUAAGUCUUUUGAAGCAUUGAUGUAAAAUGUACAGUUUGAACUCCCCAAAUAAACUUUCCUCAUUUUCCAAAAAUAUUAGUGAAUUCUGACUCAUGCUGUUAAAUAUAUUUGUUUAGUAUUUGAUAAACUAUUACCCACUUAAACUUAAUUUGCUGAGUACAUGAAUUAAUUUCAUAUGAAGCAAGUUUAAACAAUAUGGGAAUCAUCCUUUUGCUCAUUUUGCAACCUCAAUACUCUGCCCCAUUUUAUUAUUGGAAAUGGACAAGUUAAGGGAAAGCAGAAUUAUGACAAAAAUGUUCAAUUUUAUUGAAAAAUGUACUUAAGUAGGAAUCUAGAGGUGACCUGUUUAUAUUUCUUCAAAUAGUGUUUGGUUUACCAAAAAUGUUCAAAGUAAAUAAUGAGAAAAUAUCCUUUCAGUCAGUUUACUAAUAAAGGAGCUAUUAUAUGAAAUUGUAUUCAAUGAUUAUGUUCCAUUUAACUGUUCAGAUAAGUGCACAUACUAUAAACAUUGUAUAAACAUACAACAAAAUCUGAGAAUGUGAUGUUAUUUUUUUAAUCAUGAAAAUUUUUCAGUUAAAUUUGAGGAACGAAUGACCACUAAUUUUUUAUGUAGUAUUUAGUUGACCCAUUUUGAUAACAGAAGUCAUUAGCAAUGCUGAGUAAAUGGUGAUUUUUUUUCCCCUCAAUUUAGAAAUAUUUCCUAAAGUUUUGAAAAUCAGAAUGUGAGAACAUAGCUGUACUGUAAUCACUCAAAGCAUUCUUUUCCUGAUCUUCAUGUCAAUCAAAUUGGAAUGGAGAAGUUAACAUGCCGUUUUCAAUUGCUACUGAACACAGCUGUUUUUAUUUCCCUGAAUUUAUGAGGUUACCUCAAACAUCAAGCUGACAUUGUGUGGCAUCUGAGAAUGAAAUAUGCUGCUUUUUGGUAUUAUGUGCAUAUAUAUAAUCAUGUGAAGCUAGGUUAAAAUACAGCUUAAUUAUGAUUUUCUUUGAAUUUCAUAGACAUGAGUAUCUCUGUAGGAACUAAGUUUGUGAUAACCUGGUAAAUCACUGAAGGAUGGCCAAUUUCUUUUUUGUGGAUCCUAGCUAUAGAAGAAGCACAUGUAGAGAAAUCAUUAAAUAUGUAUGUAUUGUUUUAUAGUAUUGCUUAUAGUCUUAAAGAGUUCUGUACAUGAUAACAUUUUUAUGACUUGAAAACCCUUUUGCUUUUUAAGAAGGGAUAUGAAUGUUAGGACGAUGACUUUAGAGAACAAUGAAUAGUCCCACACUGGCUAGCAGAGGGCCUGGUCCUAUUUAAUUGUACAUUUUAGAAGUAUUUGCCAUUAAGUGCUCAAGUAGCAUAAAAUACCUCUAGGAAUCAACAAGAUUGCAUUUUUUCAGUAUCUUUCCUUAGAUUUGUUAAAAGAAAAAUGCUGAAAGCUGUUUUGUAGCAUGUAGUGAUUCUUGUUUUCAUGUGUUUUAAAUUUUAUCUGCAUUAUCUUGUGAUUUUUUUUAUGAUGCUAUUUUGUACAUUAAUAUUUCUGGUUUGGAAUUCAGAUAUUAAGUUUUCAAAAGAGUUUAGGGUGAUUUGCAGAGUUGCUGUCCACUGCUUUCACUUUCUCAGUCUGCUUUUUGAAACAGAUCUCAGAAUAAUUUGUCAUACUGCUUGCCAAUAUUUGCAAAGAAUUAAACUCUUAAGUAUUUAAGAAACAAUAAUAAAGCCCUAACAUCA